CAAGAGGUGCCGGAUUGUUGUGUUUACAUUAUUCUUGGCUUCAUUAGCGUUUUCAGUGUAAAUUUGGUUUCCAGGCACAAAGAAAUAUGUCUGCUAGAGGAGGAAAGAAGCGCCAAAAGGCGAUGUCUAAGUCGCAAAGAGCAAAUGUUACUUUUCCAGUAGGGCGAAUGCACCGGUACUUGAAGAUGGGGACACACCGCUUGCGUAUCGGAGUCGGCUCUCCGGUAUACAUGGCAGCCGUCAUCGAGUAUCUCACAGCUGAGGUCCUUGAGCUGGCUGGAAAUGCUGCAAGAGACAACAGGAAGGGGCGAAUCACCCCAAGGCACAUUUUGCUUGCAGUGGCUAAUGAUGAAGAGCUGCACUUGUUGCUGAAAAAUGUAACAAUAGCAUCAGGAGGAGUGCUUCCAAAGAUUCAUCCUGAGCUGUUGGCCAAAAAGAAAGGUGGCAAAUUUGUAAUGAGCAACAACAUGCCAUUGACUGUGCCAUAUAAAAAACCAAUCGCCACAAAACCUAUGUCACAUCACAAGAAACCUUCACCGGCUGCACUUGGUGCUUCAAGCGGGGUCCGUGCUAAGAAACAGCCUUUAAGUCCAACAUCUGGUAAGACGGGUAAAGGGAAAGGCAAAGGCAAAGAUUCCAGCAUUACUGUAGUCACACCAGCAAGUGCUAGUGUUACAACGUUGUCUGAAAAGAAACUCUUUCUUGGGCAAAAGCUUACAGUUGUACAGGGUGACAUAACAAAUAUUUCUUCAGAUGCUUUGGUGCAUCCUACCAAUUCUGCUAUAGCAAUGAUGGGUGAAGUUGGGCAAGCACUAGAAAAAAAAGGAGGCAAAGAAUUCAUGCAGGAAAUCCAUGAGUUGCGCUCAAACCAAGGAAGCUUGGAUUCAACAAAUGCUGCCAUUUGUGCUGGGCACAAUUUUCCUGCAAAAUGGGUAAUUCAUGUAAACGGUCCAGCAUGGAAUGAGGUGGACUCGACUGAAAAGUUGGAGAAGACUGUUAAGAACUGCCUUACAUUAGCUGAUCAGAAAAACCUGAAGUCAAUUGCAAUACCAGCAAUUGGAAGUGGCAGGGCUGGCUUUCCCAAACAGUUGGCAGCGCAGACCAUCUUGAAAGCUAUCAGCAACUACUUUGUAAAUGUGAUGUCUUCAUCAUUGAAGCAAAUCUACUUUGUUCUACUUGACAUGGAAAGCAUUGGUAUUUAUGCAGCUGAAUUAGCAAAACUUGAUUCAUAGAAGUCUUUCCUGGCAUGCUACAACAUACUUAGUGUGGUGGACACAGAGAUCCUCACAUACAGUCUUCUUGGUUAAUGGAAACCAAAAAGGUUUAAUUCUUAUUUUUACUACCUGAAGUGUUUGUAAAUGAAUGUUAAAACAUGUAUGCUGUGGACUAAAGCAGGAUGUGAAGUGGACACUUUAUAAUGAAAGUUGGUUAUUGUAGAAUUGCGUGCUUGAAGAGUGCUUGUGGAACAAAAAGGUGAGUAUUGUUAUCCUGUAUGCACAAUCUGUGGCUUCUGGUAUACUAAUUGCCUGAUUUUGGUAUCUUAUUCAUUGCCACAGUUACAGGCACUCAGGGUUAAAGAGUUUUAAAUGUUGUGAAUCAUAGGAAGUAAAAUUGAGGUGACAGGAUGUAAUGAAAUAGUGCGAAAAUAAAACCAUAUGUGUUCUCAA